CGAAUGCCAGAGGKGGGGCUUACUUACGUACGAGCCAAUCAGUGCCAAGUUAGUAAACCUUGCCUGGGCUUGUUCAGUCGAGUGUUCGGGACGGGUGGACGUGUCAGCAGAGAUGUGAUACUACAUGGAAAGAGCGAUGUCUGAAGCAUGGACUUCAAUUGGAAGUAAAACCCAUCGCAAUUAUUGGGGACUUAUCAACAACUACAGAUAUUUAUCCCGGAAGGCCAUGUUCCUCAGUGCAGUGGAGAACGCCAGAGCACGGAAGAAGCACCAAAAGAAGAAUAACAUCUCCAGUAAGAGAAAAAGGAUAGAGGAAAACAAUAAAACGCCGGACACGAUCCAAAGGGUAAAAAAUAUAAAAUUACCUGCGAGACACACGUGUCUAGAAGUUGAUAGCGCUCUAAUAACCACAGACUCAUGGACUCAUGUUGCUAAAUUUGGACUGCCAUUGCCUCCUACAGUAGAGGGUUUACCGAUAGCUGCUUCUGGGGACAACCGUGUAGCCAACCAGCAGACUUCAGAAGGCAAAAAGCUGGUUGGGGCCGCUCUCAGUGAACUAUGGGAGGUGGACAGUGGAUUCUCGUCUGAGGCCAGCCCUUCUGCUAGCGGACGCAGUUCUCCCUGCCUCACCAUGUCCCCCACCACGGUGGUGGCAAUGGACUGCGAGAUGGUUGGUACAGGGCUGGCCGGGCGCACUAGUGAAUUGGCACGCUGCAGCUUGGUAGAUUACCAUGGCAAUGUCCUGUACGAUAAGUACAUCCGUCCGUGCCAGGCUGUGACUGACUACAGGACCCGUUGGAGUGGCAUCCAGAGGCACCAUUUACAGAACGCUCUGCCCUUCCCCAAGGCUAGGACAGAGAUACUAGGAAUACUGGAUGGGAAAGUGGUGAUCGGCCACGCUCUAUACAACGACUUCCAGGCCUUGGAUUUCAACCACCCAGGUCACAUGAUCAGGGACACAAGUGGUAUGCGUCUGCUCAGGCGACUGGCUGGCUUCCCUACAAAGCGCUGCGUCUCACUCAAGAUCCUGGCCAACAGCCUCCUAAACAGGAAAAUACAGGUUGGAAGGAGGGGCCACAGUUCAGUCGAGGAUGCUCUGGCUUCCUUGGACUUGUAUAAACUCGUGGAGGGGGAGUGGGAACAGGACAUGCGAGAGAGAAUGACGGACCGAGACACAGGCACUCUCCCAGACCCCGCUACCUCAAACCACUACAUGCAGGACCAGUACUGGCCAGAGGACUUGACCGAUGAUGGCCAUUGAGAGAAGCCUGUAUAGGAGGGUUGACGGGGUAGAGGUAGGCCAGGGGGUUCUAAGUCAAGUGAUCCAAGUUUGGCAAGCAUGGCAGUAUGGUUUAGUCAAUAUCAAGUUGCUCUUCUGACUGGCUAUUAACUGAAGUUCAUGGGAAAAGAGGUGAUAUUAAAUGAAUCUGAUUAGCUGACGUUGCACACAUCCAUGCCGGGAGCCACAGUUUCCACAGGGGAUAAGGUCAUGGCAACACAUCAAGUCGCUCAAUGUCCAGAAUGGCGUCAAGAAAGGGAGUGAACUGGGAAAGGAGGGGUAAAUGCAAAACAAGGGAUUUACUUGAAUGCAUUGCAGCCGUAUGUCUUUGUGUAUGUAGAGCAUGUUUGACUUAACAUGUAGAUAAAGUGGUAAAUCGGAUACGAAACACAUGCUUAACUUACUACUUGGAUAAUUAGAACAAUGGCUGGAAGUCUAUGGGUAUCUGCUAGCAGCCCUUGUGAUAACACCAGUUAAGGUAGUUUUGCAAACCAAUGUUAACUUCCUUCAUACUGGACACAGACACAAUUUUUAUCAAUUAGUUCAUCGAUCUCUGGAAGUAGAUAACGGGCCUCUGCUGCAAAAUCCUGAAGUAUCCCUUUGACUCACCAUUUCAGCUUUCUUGCAUGAAAUUACACCAGUAUCUCCCGGUGAGUGGUCCUUUGCCCCUUCAGUCACCUAAUAGUGAACCAUACUGCCAACUUGAUGUUUUAGGCUGCUGUUCUAUGAGGACCCUGCUGUGCCUGUGCCCAAAUUGGGUGUCAAUAUAUUGGAAUAAAAUAAUUUACGAAAAUGUG